AUGGAACGAAUCUUUCGAUUUUUGAGAUGCAACGACGCACAACGUCUUAUGUGCGUGUCUUACCAGCUGAAAGGAACCGCCGACUAUUGGUGGAAAGCAAAGCAGAAAACUAUGACCCCGGAGCAGUUAGAUGAACUCACUUGGGAGCUUUUUAAGACUGCUCUGUGUGAGAAGUUCAUACCCAGAAGCUAUAGGAAAAAGAAGGAAAUGGAGUUUACCACCUUGAAGCAAGGGAAUAAAACUGUAGUGGAGUACGAUCGACUAUUCUGCGAUCUGGCCCGAUAUGCACCGUAUAGAGUGGAUACGGAUGAGAAGAUGUCCGAGUUGUUUUGCGCCGGACUGCGACAAGAGAUAAGAGUUGUAUUGGCAAGUCAAACGGCACUUUCCUACGCCGAGGCCUUGAACAGAGCUCUAGAUAUGGAGCUAGCAAUGCAACCAGAGAAAACAACACACACACCAACGCCUCCAUCAGCUCAAUAUACGCAAGUAUCAAACACUCCCUACUCUAACCAAGGACAGAAAGGAAAACGCAAAUGGGAAAAUCGUGGAAAUGAGGGUAAAAAGCCAUGGCAAGGUCAGAAUGUCCAGGCUCCAUUCGUGAAAGGCGAUAAAUUAUUUUAUGGUGGACCAGCGACCUCACACCCCGGACACCAAGGGAUACCCCCUUGUCCUAAGUGCAAAAAGUUACACACAUGA